CCGGCCGCUGCCGGCUUCCCCGAGGCCGCCCGCGUCCCGAGGAGUGGAGGAGGUCACCCCGAGACAGUCGCUUCACCGCCGGUCUCUCCUCCCCACCUCCACGCGGCUCGCGGCCGGCCAUACACCGCAGCACUACCUUGGUGGGGGCUUGCGCCAGAGCUCGCGACCACUGCCCGUGACGCCUGUCUUUGACUCGUUGACCGCGGAGUGAGCGCGCGCGCCGGAGCCGGCCAGCCAUGGAAGUGCGCGGCGGAGUGGGGCAGGGUUCGGCGGCCCGGCACCCGCCCGCGCCGGAGCCGUCCCGGGCGGCGGCGCGGGUUCAGGCGGGGGACGCGCUGCCGCUGCCGAUACGGCACACGAACCUCAUCUUCUCGGCCCUGUUCGCGGCGUCGCUGGCGUACCUCAUGCGGCGGUGGCGCGAGAAGAUCCGCUCGUCCACGCCGCUCCACGCCGUUGGGCUCGCCGAGAUGCUCGCCAUAUUCGGCCUCGUCGCCUCGCUCAUCUACCUGCUCAGCUUCUUCGGCAUCGCCUUCGUCCAGUCCAUCGUCUCGUCCGGCGACGACGACGAGGACUUCCUGGUCGGGUCGGGAGCUCCGGCCUCCGCCGCCGCGCCCUCCCGGCAGCAUGCGCAGGCGCCGGCCCCGUGCGAGCUGCUCGGGAGCCCCGCCGCGGCGCCCGAGAAAAUGCCGGAGGACGACGAGGAGAUCGUCGCCUCGGUCGUCGCCGGGAAGGUUCCGUCCUACGCGCUCGAGGCCAGGCUCGGCGACUGCCGCCGCGCCGCCGGCAUCCGGCGCGAGGCCCUGCGGCGGAUCACGGGGCGGGACAUCGAGGGCCUCCCGCUCGACGGCUUCGACUACGCGUCCAUACUAGGCCAGUGCUGCGAGCUGCCGGUCGGGUACGUGCAGCUGCCGGUGGGCGUCGCCGGGCCGCUGCUGCUCGACGGCCGGAGGUUCUACCUGCCCAUGGCCACCACCGAGGGCUGCCUCGUCGCCAGCACCAACCGAGGCUGCAAGGCCAUCGCCGAGUCGGGCGGCGCCACCAGCGUCGUGCUGCGGGACGCGAUGACGCGCGCCCCCGUCGCCCGCUUCCCCACCGCGCGCCGCGCAGCCGAGCUCAAGGCAUUCCUGGAGGACCCUGCUAAUUUUGACACGCUUUCCGUCGUCUUCAACAGGUCGAGCAGGUUCGCGAGGCUGCAGGGGGUGCAGUGCGCGAUGGCGGGGAGGAACCUGUACAUGAGAUUCAGCUGCAGCACAGGGGACGCCAUGGGGAUGAACAUGGUCUCAAAGGGCGUGCAGAACGUGCUGGAUUUUCUUCAGGAUGACUUCCAUGACAUGGAUGUCAUUAGCAUAUCUGGCAACUUCUGCUCCGACAAGAAGCCGUCCGCCGUGAACUGGAUCGAGGGGCGCGGGAAGUCCGUGGUGUGCGAGGCCGUGAUCGGGGAGGAAGUGGUGAAGAAGGUCCUGAAGACCGACGUGCAAUCGCUGGUCGAGCUGAACACGAUCAAGAACCUCGCCGGCUCGGCCGUCGCCGGCGCGCUGGGGGGGUUCAACGCCCACGCGAGCAACAUCGUUACAGCCAUCUUCAUCGCCACCGGCCAGGACCCCGCGCAGAACGUGGAGAGCUCCCACUGCAUCACGAUGCUGGAGCCCGUCAACGCAGGGAGAGAUCUCCACAUUUCCGUCACCAUGCCUUCUAUCGAGGUGGGCACAGUCGGGGGCGGGACUCAGCUGGCGUCGCAGUCCGCCUGCCUGGACCUCCUGGGCGUGAGGGGCGCGAGCCGGGACCGUCCCGGGUCGAACGCGAGGCUGCUGGCCACCGUGGUCGCCGGCGGGGUCCUCGCCGGCGAGCUCUCCCUGCUGUCGGCGCUCGCCGCGGGGCAGCUCGUGAAGAGCCACAUGAAGUACAACAGGUCGAGCAAGGACGUCUCGUCCACGACGGCCACCGAGAAGACGCGUCAACGUGAAGUGGACGUGUGAACAGCAGGGAUUUUAGUUUUUGUUCUUCCUUUUGGUGUGUUCAUAAGAAAGAGCUCUGGCCGUCUAGGCGCAGAAAGAAGUGUUGUUUGCAGGUCGUGGUUGGUUGGUUGGUAGAUUAGAUCUCUCUCUCUCUCUCCUUUGUUGUUCUUUCGGCUUGGUUGAUCUCUCUCCUUCCCUCUUUGCGUCAGGAAGCAGCAGCUUGCAAACCUGGUCUCAGCACUGUAAUUAUUUCUUCUGUUCUACUACCACAUCUUUUGUUUGUUGCUC